GGCAUCGAUUCGUCGUCGUCUCUCUUUAUAAACCCUAAAAGGAAAAUCGAUUCCACCCCCACCAUUAGGGCGAACGCGAAAUCUAGGAGGUAACAGAGAGCGAUGGCGACUACAGGAACUGCAGGUGCUGCGACGGGAACGACGACGGCGGCGAAGAGAAAGCCUGUGUUUGUCAAGGUUGAACAGCUCAAGCCUGGCACGACCGGUCACACGUUGACUGUCAAGGUCGUCGACGCCAAUCCUGUGGUUCCGGCUGCGAGGAAGGCUCGUCCGGGGAUCUCUAUGGGUCGUCCGUCUCAGCCGAGCCGAAUCGCUGAGUGUCUCAUCGGAGACGAAACCGGAUGUAUUCUCUUCACUGCUCGUAACGAGCAAGUUGAUCUUAUGAAGCCUGGGCAGACGGUGAUACUGCGCAAUUCGAGGAUAGACAUGUUCAAGGGCACAAUGAGGCUAGGGGUUGAUAAAUGGGGACGCAUCGAAGCCGCCACCGAACCUGCAUCUUUCACUGUCAAAGAGGAUAACAACCUGUCUCUUGUUGAAUACGAACUGAUUAACGUUACUGAUCAGUGAUGUCUUUUUUAGUUAUCUUUAUGCUAGUGUUUGGUACUCUGAUUCUUCUACCGUCAAUGUCUUUUGAUUUAGAUGAUGAAAGCUUUUGUAUGACUGGUUCAGAGAUGCUUGUUUUGUAGGAAUGCUUUUUAUUU